AUGGAAGGCAAGUCAGGGCUCGCGACCACUCGUAGCACGAGUAUUUUACUGCUGCUACUGCUUCCUCUCGCGUCCUUCGGUUUCUUCUAUGCGGGCACUCAGCAGGCGCUCCUGCCUGUACUACACGCGUACUUGCCCAAACAGCUCCAAUCGUACCUGCCUACAUCGGCAUGGGAAGCCACAGCCACUUCACAAUCACAAGAACGUCAGAGUCUGGACAGCCUAGUCAAAGCAUGCACCAAGCACCAGUAUACGACUGAGAUCAUAUCGCUCGAUCCUCUCUUGAUCUAUAUCAACAACUUCACGUCAGCGCGAGAAGCAGAGGAACUCAUCCAUCUUGGGUCCUCUGAAUUCGCCGAGUCCUUCAUCAGCCGCUCGCGAGGCAACACGCAGCGUGUAACAGGGCGAACUUCUCAAUCCGCGCCGCUCCCACUGGGAGACCCGCUUGUCGAAUGCCUUCUCAAUCGCGCGCGAACGUUCAUGGGCUCCAUGCUACUUCCCUCAGAACCUUUCAGCAUCCCGCAACUCGUGCGCUACUUCCCCGCCCAGAAGUACAACCUCCACACAGAUUUCUGGCCCGAACACCAGAUCACUACUCUUGAGAAUGGAAGGCAGAUGUACUAUAACCGUGUUGCGUCUUUCUUCGUGUUUCUGCGCGACAAUUGCACAGAUGGAUACACGUCCUUCCCUCUGGUCGAACCUUCGUCGUCUAUCGAUCUAGAAGGUCUCUAUAACGGCAAAGUAGCUCAUGGGGAGAUGGAUGGGGAAGCCAAAGGCAUGAAGUUCAAGCCCAUCCAAGGAAACGCGGUGUUUUGGGUUAAUCUGGACAAGCACGGCAACGGCGAUAGAAGAGUCGUACAUGCUGGCUUACCUGUGGGCGAAGGAGAGAAGAUUGGGCUGAAUAUCUGGCCCAGAAAAUACUUCGGGUACGUGGACGGUGAUAGUGUUGAUGAGGCAGAGACGGCGCAGGCGGCACGGCAGGGAUGGAGCGGGAAAUGGAAGGACUAG